GGGCUCCGAGCCAAGCCCGCCCCCUUCCCCGGCUACGGCGUGGGGCUGCGAACGGUCUGGCCUAGUGGCUCCUUGGUUCAUCCCUGCUGGCCGGUGAUCAUGGGACAGGAGCCGCGCACGCUGCCGCCCUCUCCUAACUGGUACUGUGCCCGAUGCAGCGAUGCCGUGCCCGGGGGCCUCUUCGGCUUCGCAGCGCGGACCUCCGUCUUCCUUGUCCGCGUGGGCCCGAGCGCCGGCGCGAUCCCUGGGACGCCCCCAUUUCGAGUCAUAGGGGAGUUGGUGGGACACACCGAAAGGGUCUCUGGCUUCACGUUUUCUCAUCACCCGGGUCAAUACAACCUCUGUGCCACCAGCUCUGAUGAUGGAACUGUGAAAAUCUGGGAUGUAGAGACAAAAACAGUUGUGACAGAACAUGCUCUCCAUCAGCAUACAAUAUCAGCAUUGCAUUGGUCUCCUCAAGUAAAGGAUUUAAUAGUAUCUGGAGAUGAAAAAGGAGUAGUUUUCUGUUACUGGCUUAACAGAAAUGACAGCCAGCACCUCUUUAUAGAACCCAGGACAAUUUUCUGUCUUACUUGCUCACCUCAUCAUGAAGAUUUAGUAGCCAUUGGCUACAAGGAUGGCAUAGUGGUUAUAAUUGACAUCAGUAAGAAAGGAGAAGUUAUUCACAGGCUUCGAGGUCACGAUGAUGAGAUCCACUCCAUAGCCUGGUGUCCCCUGCCUGGUGAAGACUGUUUAUCCAUAAAUCAAGAGGAAAAUUCAGAAGAACCUGAAAUUCCCAAUGGUAAAGUUAUAGCACAAACUCCAGUAACAAAAGGCUGCUACUUAGCCACUGGAAGCAAAGAUCAGACCAUUCGAAUCUGGAGCUGCUCCCGAGGCCGAGGGGUGAUGAUUUUGAAAUUACCCUUUCUGAAGAGAAGAGGAGGGGGUAUAGACCCAACUAUUAAAGAACGCCUUUGGUUGACACUCCAUUGGCCCAAGGAUCAACCAACACAGCUGGUAUCCAGCUGUUUUGGAGGCGAGCUGUUGCUGUGGGAUCUCACUCAGUCUUGGAGACGGAAAUAUACCCUCUUUAGUGCUUCAUCAGAAGGGCAGAAUCAUUCAAGAAUUGUAUUUAAUUUAUGCCCUUUACAAACUGAGGAUGACAAACAGCUGCUGCUUUCCACAUCAAUGGAUAGAGAUGUAAAAUGUUGGGACAUGGCCACCCUCGAGUGCUGCUGGACCCUACCUUCCCUCGGUGGGUUUGCCUAUAGCCUGGCUUUCUCUCCUGUGGACAUGGGCUGUUUGGCCAUAGGCGUUGGGGAUGGUAUGAUCCGUGUAUGGAAUACACUCUCCAUCAAGAACAACUAUGAUGUGAAAAAUUUUUGGCAGGGUGUCAAGUCCAAGGUUACAGCGCUGUGCUGGCAUCCAACCAAGGAAGGCUGCUUAGCUUUUGGGACUGAUGAUGGGAAAGUGGGAUUGUAUGACACCUACUCCAACAAACCUCCACAGAUUUCUAGCACAUAUCACAAGAAGACUGUGUACACUUUAGCCUGGGGGCCACCACUGCCCCCCAUUUCACUCGGAGGAGAAGGAGACAGACCUUCCCUCACUUUAUACAGCUGCGGAGGGGAAGGGGUUGUCUUACAGCAUAACCCCUGGAAGCUUGGUGGAGAGGCCUAUGAUAUCAACAAACUCAUCAGGGACACCAAUUCAAUCAAAUACAAAUUGCCGGUACACACAGAGAUCAGCUGGAAAGCAGAUGGCAAAAUCAUGGCUCUUGGCAACGAAGAUGGAUCAAUAGAAAUAUUUCAGGUUCCUAGCCUGAAACUGAUAUGCACCAUCCAGCAGCAUCACAAGCUUGUGAAUACCAUUAGCUGGCACCAUGAGCAUGGCAGUCAGCCGGAGCUGAGCUAUCUGAUGGCCUCUGGGUCCAGCAAUGCGGUCAUUUACGUGCACAACCUAAAGACUGUCAUAGAGAGCAAUCCUGAAUCUCCAGUGACCAUUACAGAGCCCUACCGGACCCUGUCAGGGCACACAGCCAAGAUUACCAGUGUGGCAUGGAGCCCACAUCACGACGGAAGGCUGGUAUCUGCUUCCUACGAUGGUACAGCUCAGGUGUGGGAUACUCUCCGAGAAGAGCCUCUUUGCAAUUUCCGAGGACACAGAGGUCGACUGCUUUGUGUGGCGUGGUCCCCACUGGAUCCAGACUGCAUCUACUCAGGGGCAGAUGACUUCUGUGUGUACAAAUGGCUCACUUCCAUGCAAGAACAUUCCCGGCCUCCUCAAGGUAAGAAGAGUAUUGAAUUAGAGAAAAAAAGGCUCUCUCAACCUAAGCCAAAGCCCAAAAAGAAGAAAAAGCCCACCUCAAGAGCUCCCGUAAAGCAGGAAGUGUACGAUGGGAAUGAAGAUGAGAGCAUCAGGGAGAGCUCAGGACCUGUUGAGAAUGGCGUGUCGGACCAGGAGGGUGAAGAGGAAGCCCGGGAGCCAGAAUUCCCCAGUGGCGUUGCCUCAGUGGCUUCUAGAGAACCAGUUACCUGCGCUCCCGUUUUAUUAGGCUCUGAAAAGUCAAAGGUCACUGUUAAUAACAAAGUCACUUUACUGAAGAAGGAGCCACCUAAAGAGAAGCCAGAAUCCUUAACCAAGAAGCGAAAAGCUCGUUCCAUGCUUCCACUGACUACCAGCCUGGACCACAGGUCCAAGGAGGAGCUUCAUCAGGACUGUUUGGUAUUAGCAACUGCAAAACACUCCAAAGCAGAGCUAAAUGAGGAGGUGUCUACUGAUCUUGAGGAAAGAUUUCACCUGGGGCUUUUCACAGACCGGGCUGCCCUGUACAGAAUGAUUGAGGUUGAAGGAAAAGGUCACUUGGAAAAUGGCCACCCCGAAUUAUUUCACCAGCUCAUGCUUUGGAAAGGAGAUCUAAAAGGUGUUCUUCAGACAGCAGCAGAAAGAGGGGAGCUGACAGACAGUCUUGUGGCGAUGGCACCAGUUGCCGGCUACCAUGUGUGGCUGUGGGCCGUGGAAGCUUUUGCCAAACAGCUGUGUUUUCAAGAUCAGUAUGUCAAGGCUGCCUCUCACCUACUUUCUAUCCACAAAGUAUAUGAAGCUGUAGAGCUGCUCAAGUCAAACCAUUUCUACAGGGAAGCUAUUGCAGUUGCCAAGGCCCGAUUGCGCCCAGAGGACCCAAUCCUGAAAGACCUAUAUCUCACCUGGGGAGCCAUCCUGGAAAAAGACGGCCAUUAUGCUGUAGCCGCCAAAUGCUAUUUAGGGGCUGCUUCUGCUUACGAUGCAGCCAAAGUUUUGGCCAAGAAGGGAGACGCAGCAUCACUUAAGACAGCUGCAGAGUUGGCUUCAAUUGUGGGAGAGAAUGAGUUGUCCUCUUCCCUGGCUCUCCGAUGUGCCCAGGAGCUGCUUUUGGCCAGGAACUGGGUGGGUGCUCAGGAAGCCCUGAAGCUACAUGACAGUCUAAAGGGGCAGAGACUGGUGUUUUGCCUUCUUGAGCUACUGUCCAAGCACCUGGAGGAAAAGCAGCUUUCAGAGGCCAAAAGUUCUUCCUACAACGCUUGGGCUGCAGGCACUGACGGGCCCUUCGUGGAGAGGGUGACGGCUGUAUGGAAGAACAUCUUCAGCCUGGACACCCCAGAGCAGUAUCAGGCAGCACUACAGCAGCUGCAGAGUAUCAAGUACCCGUCUGCUACAAAUAACACUCCCUCCAAACAGCUUCUGCUUCACAUUUGCCAUGACCUGACCUUGGCAGUGCUGAGCCAGCAAGUGGCCUCCUGGGACGCAGCUGUGGAAGCCCUGCUUCGGGCUGUGGUCCGGAGCUACGAUUCAGGAAACUUCACCAUCAUGCAGGAAGUACACUCAGCCUUUCUUCCUGAGGGCUGUGACCAUCUAAGAGACAAACUGGGAGAACCUCAGUCCCCCACCAUACCAGCUUUCAAAAGCUUGGAGGCCUUUUUUAUUUAUGGACAUCUGUAUGAAUUUUGGUGGUCUCUCUCCAGGCCUUGCCCCAAAUCCAGUGUUUGGGUAAGGGCUACUCACAGAAGGACAACCUCUGUUGAGCAAAGCCAGCAGAUAAACAAUGCCAGCACUGAAGAAACGGACCCCAAAGUUUCUGAGCCAGAGCCAAGCAGGCCUCCAGAAUUAGAUGUGAGACUCACAGAACAAAGCGAGCAAAUGCUGAUCACUUGUAAAGAGCUCUUUUCAGAAAAGCAUGCCAGUCUUCAAAACUCACAGAGAACCGUUGCUGAAGUCCAGGAGACCUUGGCAGAAAUGAUCCGCCAACACCAGAAGAAUCAAGUCUGUAAAUCUACAACAAAUGGUCCUGAUAAGAAUGAAUCUGAACAGGUAGCAGAACAGUCCCUCUCUAGUCCUCCGAGCGAGUGUAAAGAAGAAAAAAAUCAGCCACUUUCUCUGCCUGAAUUAACCAAAAGGCUUACGGAGGCAAAUGAGAAAAUAGCUAAAUUUCCUGAGAGUGUUAAGACUUGGCCCUUCCCAGAUGUGCUGGAGUGCUGCCUUAUCCUGCUUCACAUUGGGUCCCAGUGUCCUGGCAGCGUGACCCAGGACAUGCAGCAACAGGCCCAAGAGCUCCUUCAGAAAUAUGGCAACACUAAAGUCUACAAAAGAUACUGCCAGACCUUCUGCACGUGAAUUUUCAAAGAUCUAUAAGAAAACUGUGCCAAAUACAAAACGUAUGACAGACACCCUUCACCUCUGCAGUUACACCGUGCCAGACAUUCACUCUGAUCCCUAGAUGUUUUUGCAGUGAUCCAAAUAAUACAAAUGAGGCUCGAGUUUGAACUGACUCUAUUCUACCCUUAGACAUAGUGGAAUCGGACUUUGGACUCAACUGUGGUUUCCUACUGGAGGAAGGAUCAUGAAAAUCCAGCAGUAGGUAUUCAGAACUAACACCUGCAGUGUAAUUGUUGGUCAUCUCUAAAGCCUUAUGCAGGUUUCACCCAAAGAGGAGAAACUUUUUAAUUACCCAAAGUGUUAUGUUCUUAAACACAAGCUACCUUUAUAAAUACUUUGCCUGAUGCUAAACAUGUCAUUCUUGUUGGAGACAGAAUUGUUCCAUUUUAUGACUUGGUAUCAUUUUUCUUACUGUUUUUGUUAACUUGGGUUCUGCCCUUGUAUUCUUUCAAAGACUUCACUUAGAAUGUGAAAUAGGCCUUUACCCAUCAUGUUGACUCUACCAUCCAUCUGAACUUAAGGUCAAAAAUUUGGUUUUAUUGUUUCAUGUAAUUGCUUAUUUGAACAAAUCAUUUACUAAAACAUCAGAAGAACAAAUAACUAAAACCCAGAUGUGUCUUAUCCCUUCAGUUUUAUAAAACGUAAUGGUGAUCAAAAGAGCUCAGGAAGAAAUUACUGUUUCAGUGGCUCUUAAUCUUUUUUGGAUCACAGGACCCUUUGAGAAUUAAAACCACAGAUGGUCUUUGAAGAAAAAUGAAUAAUUUUGCAUAUGUAACUUUUGGAUCAGUGGACUCCAACUUCAGCAUAAUGGGAUCCUACAUACUAUUUAAUUAUAAAACCUGUUCAUUCCCCUCCGCCUCCCCAUUACUGAGCAUACUUUUGAGGUCCUUUCUUCACUCUGGUUAAACAGUUGAACAAUGUCAGGAACAGAUGUUUCUGUAAUAUCCCAGUUGCUGGGGUGUAAAAAUCAGAUAGUCUAGGGUAGGGUUGGGAAGGAGCACUCUUUCCCAAUAAUAUAACCAUUUUCUUUGGGAUUCAUUGUGAAAACUUGUCUGCUUGAGUGUCCAGUUUAUUUUUCAAUUAUUUCCUAGGUUGGGGUUGUUGUGGGCAGCAAGAAUAAAAUUCAUUAACAGGAACUCUAGGAAGGAAAAAGUUUAGGAGACCAUUGUUUAAAGAUCUGACUAACCAGGGGUUUUGUUUGUUUUAAUUAGACCUAGCUUUAGAAUUUAAAAAUGCUAAACCCAAAAAAAGCAAAUAUUGUAGAAUUUAGAUCCUCAUGAUUCUUUACACAGUUACUUGAACCUGAGGAAGAAGAUGCAUUGUUACUGGGGAUGGAAAAUCCUCUUGGUUGCAAAGAUUAUACAUAGGCAAGGCUAUGUGGAGAACUAGAUACCAGUUCUACAGUCUUUGCUGAAAUGAACAAAUGCUUCACUUGCAGAGACAGAAAAAUAUUUAUUCCCUUCCACUUAAUUAAAGAACAGUAUUAUUAAACUAGAAA